UUGGGGCGGACACGCAGAGCUGAUGGAGCUGCCACGAACACUGCCUUCGCGAUGGCAGAGGAUCGGCCCAGUGCUGACCGUGACUGGACGCGAGCCAAGGAAGAGCGCGCCCAACACCGCGAUUCCCCUCGCCUUUUUGGCGGCUGUGGCAACGAAGGCACCAUUAGCACCGUCGCGUGGUGCUCUCCGCCGUGCUCUCCGCGGCCGGCGCAGAAGCUGCGUGGUGCGAUUCGCAGAAGAAUGGGCUGAGCCAGCGGCGCGGACGGGUUUCCUGGCUUUCCCAGAGAGCUUCGUGUUUGGCGUGGCCACCUCAGCAUAUCAGAUCGAGGGCGCAGCGGCGGAGGGACGUGGGCCAUCCAUUUGGGACACCUUCUCGACUGCGGGGCAUGCGAAAGAUGGAGCCACAGGUGAGGUGGCAUGUGAUCACUAUCAUUUGUUCAAGGAGGACAUCCGUUUGAUGAGCUCCUUGAAGGUGAAGGCCUAUCGUUUCUCCAUUUCCUGGAGUCGCCUCCUCCCCAACGGCGACGCAGCAGAGCCCCCCAGCGAGGAAGGCCUUCGCUUCUACUCCGAGCUCCUGGACGCCUUGCUCCAAGCAGGUAUUGAGCCAUGGGUGACGCUCUAUCAUUGGGAUCUUCCAGAGGCCCUGCAUGCCAAAGGCGGCUGGCUUUCCAAGGAGAUGAUUGUGAAGGCCUUUGGAGACUACGCUCGGAUUUGCUUCCAUCACUUUGGCGAUCGAGUGAAGUACUGGAUCACUCUCAAUGAGCCCUGGUGCAGUGCUGUCUUGGGCUACAACACUGGUGACCAUGCACCCGGCUACACCGAGGAAACGGACACUGCGUGCUACGUCGCAGGCCAUCAUUUGCUUUUGGCUCAUGCAGAAGCCGCCCAGAUCUACCGGGAGGAGUUUGCACAGCAGGGUGGCGAGGUGGGCAUUUCGUUGAAUGCCGACUGGCGACAAGCCGACAGCGAGCGAGAGGAGGACUUGGAGGCGGCCCGACGGGCCAUGGAAUUCUCCUUGGGUUGGUUUGCCGAGCCCAUCUACCUCGGGGACUAUCCCAAGUGCAUGCGAGAAAGCUGUGGAGAUCGGUUGCCGAGUUUCUCUGCCUCUGAGAAGAAGAAACUCUUCCAGUCCAGCGACUUCUUUGGGUUGAAUAGCUACAGCGGGAACAUGGCCAAAGCACCCCCGAGGCCCUUUGAGGGCACUGGCUACUGGGAAGACAUCGGCGUGGAGUGGUGGCACACGGACCACCAGUGGGCCAGAACGGACAUGGAUUGGCCCGUGGUGCCGUGGUCCUUACGUGAGAUUCUCCUCUACGUGCAGGAUCGUUACAAGCCCAUGGGCGGCAUCAUUGUCACGGAGAACGGGUGUGCCUGUGAGCCUGACAUAUCAGCAGAGCUCGACGAAAGGCCCGGUGCCCUGCUUCCUCGUCCUUGGGAUGGUGUCAGGCGUGCGACUUCGAGCGACUUUGAAGAUCCAGAGAGGGUGCGGUUCUUCAGGGCUCACCUGAGUGCCGUGCACGCGGCGAUUGAGCGGAAGGCCCAGGUGAAGGGAUACUUUGCGUGGUCCUUUCUGGACAAUUUUGAAUGGGCUGAAGGCUACGGAAAGCGCUUCGGAAUUGUCCGGGUGGACUUCCAGACCCAGGAGAGAACCAUCAAGUCCUCCGGUCACUUCUUGGCCAGGGUCUUUGAGGCCAAUGGCCUGGAAGCCCCUGCCAAGGAGGAGCAGUAUCCUGGGCGGACAUUCUGAGCAGAGCAAAAGGAAUAUGCUGGGAGCAGGUUUGCGCGAGGUGGGUAGUUCCAAAACAA